AUGUUGGGCAGCGAAGACAUGGAUGCGUUGCAGCAUGCGUUAUUGACCCAGCUGUCCGAGGAAAAUGUAUUGGCAAUUGCCGAUGGUUCUUGGGACACUAGGUUAGGGCCUGACGGUCAACUGACGACUACGUGUGAAGUUAAGCCAAGUCUAUUUGUUAAGUUAAGUGAUAAGCUGAGUGAGGCGUUGGUGCCUCUUGCUGCCCAGGAGGAUAUAAGAUCGCCGGCACGUUCUCCCGUGAAUCAGGCGAGGUCUCUUGCGAACAAGAAUUUGUCACCGGUGAACAAAAGUGGUUUGUGGAAUACAUUGGAGACGGCUGCACCUGUGAGUACGACUCCCGGAGCGGAGUUGUCUACUCCGCAAAAGAGUUCGGUGCGAAAGUUGCCGACGCCGAUCGGUUACACGCCUCUAAAUGUAAUAAAGCGGAAUCAUUUGAACCGUAUCCGGAUCAUGAAGUUGAACGCGAAGCUAGAGGGCGAGAACCCGGAGCUGCAGGAAGCCGUGCGGACGCGUCUAAGCAUUAUUUCGGAAGAGGGCGACACGGAGCCAUCCCCAGCGGGACCGCUGCACAGCGCCAUGGCCCACGUCGUUUACGACCAAGCCGUGGCUGGUCGGGCCGUCUUGGACCGAGCCGUGCCCGGUCCCAGGAAGCGGCAGUCGGCGGAGGCUCAGGACGCGGGGAGCGCGUCGAAGAAGGCGCGGCGGUCGCUGGCUGCCGUGGCGAGUCCGGUGGUGCAUUCCAGCCCCACGGACGGCUCGGCCGCCCGCGACUGGAGCGCCAUCGUGCGCAUCGGUAGCACGCCCGACACGACUGAAGUGACGCGUCGGUCAUCCCCGCGCGUCCUGGCAACCCAGACGCACGACGUGACCCCGGUUCGCGAAUCAGCUCGACCGCGCCGCCUCUGCUCUCUUGGUCUCCGCUUCUCCGCCGACAAGGUCGAACGCGUCGUCCCCGCAGCCGUCGCGCGCCGCUUCUCCGAACAGGCACCCAGACUCCUCACCGAACUCCUCCACGCCGACUCCUCCGACUCUUCCGACGUCUUCCGCUCAAGAGAGAACUCCCCGCCGACCCACAAUGAGGAGGGACGCACGGCCGAAGGACAACCGACGGAGGGACAACCGACGGAGGGACCACCGAAGGAUGAGGUGUUCAGGACGCGGCUAGGCCCUACGGCCAAGACGGACCGGCAUGCACAAGCGCGGAAGCUGGCUCGAAAGCCGGCAGCCGCAGAACCGCCACGACCAGUCUCAGGUGCGCCUCCCCACUCGGCCGCAAGUGACCCAGAUCCGACUGAGAUUGUCUCGGCUGCCGCAGGUACCGCUGCGACGGACAUGGCCCCGGCGCCCAGUGUCCGGUUCGCGAACGCGUCCUUGUUGGACUUGGACAUGGGAAAGAACCGUGGGUCAGCGGGUAUCUUCGCGGCGCGGACCGGCGGACGCACGACCAACCCGUACCGCAGCCGGGCGUCGCUGACGGCGAAGAUGAAGCGGACCCGCGAACGUCGCGUACUGCGUGCGCAGCAGAACCAGGAGCUCUACGCCGAGACGGGCGCGAUUCGGCAACAGACGCGGCGUGAGCGCCGAUACGAGGGCUACCGCGCCCAGGCAGAGACGCGCUACCUCGCCAGCACUGCUGACGGCGACGGGGCCGAGGACCGGCUCGCGCGGGUCAUCGAGGAUCGCGCCGACUUUGCCCGAGAACUGGCGGAGGAGCAGGGGGAGGAGGAUGGGUCACCGUUCCGGCUCCCUUUCGAGCGGUUGUUGCGGGCGUUGUACGGCUUCGCGAAUUUCCGGCCGUACCAGGAGCAGGCGUUGGCGCACGUGGUGCGUUCCCGGCGACCGUUGUUGUUGUGUAUGAGGACGGGUGCGGGCAAGUCGUUGGUGUUCUUUCUGGCGGGUGCUUACUUGGCGCUGCAGCAGGGUGCUAUGGCGGCUAUGGUACUCCCGACAAAGGCGUUGGUCAACGACCAGGUGGCGGCGGCGACGCGUGUGCUCGGUGCCCGGUUCACUGUGGCCGCGCUGCACAGCGGGCUCGACCCGCAGUCGUACGCGGCCACCUUCAAGGCGCUGCGCGGAGGCUUGCUCGACUUCCUCUUCACCACGCCCGAACAGUUCACCUCCCUCUCCCUCGCUGCGGCGCUCCGUCAAGCCUCCCGGCCACUAGGUCUCCUCUGCCUCGACGAGGCGCACUGCAUGUCCGAGUGGUCCCACUCCUUCCGCCCCGCCUACCAACUCGUCGUGCCCGCCUGCCGCAAACAUUUCCGAGAAGCCAAAAUGCUCCUCAUGACCGCCACCGUCACCAAAGAAACUCACGACUCCAUUGCCCAAAUCGUCACCUACCGGGAGGCCCGGACGGAGGAGACUAGCACGGAGGAGACCAGCACGGAGGAGGCCAGGACGGAAGAGGUUCGGACGGAGAAGGCCCGGACGGAGGAUGCCAAGACGGAAGAGGGCAGGACGGAGGAGGAGAUCAGGGAGGCGGCAGGUCCAGUCGGACUCCAGUCUUUGGUGGAGCCGCGCGGGUACGAGAGGCCGGACCUGCGGCCGCAGAUUCGGAAGGGGCUGAGCGAGGGACAGGCGGCGGCGUGGAUCGGAGACGAGGUGCGGCGACAGCGGCGCGGGUUAGAGGCUGCGUUGGGCGGAAGCGGGACGCACUUGGUGUUUGUGUGGAUGAAGCACGAGGCGGAGAGUGUGUGUCGUUCGUUUCAGGACGAGUUUCCGGACUGCCGUGUGUGUUUUUAUCACUCGGGUGUGUCAGAGACGGAGAAGCAGCGGAUCCUGGACCAGUUGCUGGCGGGGCGCCUGGACGUGCUCGUGGCCACGCAGGCCAUGGGCCUCGGGAUUGACGUGCACCAUAUCCGGCGCGUCUACCACCUCUGCGUGCCCGGUUCUAUCGAGCAGUGGGUGCAGGAGGUCGGCCGCUGCAACCGCGACGGUGCCGAAUCCGUGGUGCCCGUCUUCGGUGUCCUCAGUCACGCCCACUAUUGGAAGAAGCGGCAGCGGACGGCGGCCAACGUCGUCGACGAGUUCGCCGUGCGCCGCUUCAUGCGCCUCUUCGUCAACCCCGACGCCGG